CCCCAGGGCCAGAGCUGGGAAAAAGGCCCCAAAAGGUCCCGGUUGUCUCCGUGGGAGUCGGGUGGUGGUGUUGGGCGAGAUGCGGGGUAAAGAGGAUGAGUACGAUUAUCUCUUCAAAGUUGUGCUCAUCGGGGACUCUGGGGUGGGGAAGAGCAACCUCCUGUCCCGCUUCACCCGCAACGAGUUCAACCUGGAGAGCAAGAGCACCAUUGGGGUGGAGUUUGCCACCAGGAGCAUCCAAGUGGACAACAAGACCGUGAAGGCUCAGAUCUGGGACACGGCCGGGCAGGAGCGGUACCGAGCCAUCACCUCAGCGUACUACAGGGGGGCAGUGGGAGCUCUGCUUGUCUAUGACAUUGCCAAGUACCUGACGUACGAGAACGCCGAGCGCUGGCUGAAGGAGCUGCAGGACCACGCGGACGCCAACAUCGUCAUCAUGCUGGUGGGCAACAAGAGCGACCUGAGGCACCUCAGAGCCGUGCCCACCGAUGAGGCCAAGAGCUUUGCAGAGAAGAACGGGCUGUCCUUCCUCGAGACGUCUGCUCUGGAUUCCACCAACGUGGAGACAGCUUUUCACAACAUCCUCUCGGAGAUCUACCACAUCGUGUCCCAGAGGCAGAUCACGGGGCAGCCCGAGUCGGAGUUUGGCCCCAGCACGACCAUCGAGCCCAUCCGGGUGCUGCCCACGCAGCAGGAGGGUCGGCAGGCCCCGUGCUGCCAGAGCAUCUGAGCCCAUGGGCUGUCCCCCACCCCCAACACUCCCAGCACAAGGUGCCAGCACAGCUUUUGCCCUCUCCCUCAGCUCACUGCAGCCUCCCAGGACACACACUGCUCAGUGUUUCUGUAGGACCUACACAAAUAGGAGGGAGAUGCAUCAGGGUCUGCUCUCGCUCCUGUCCCUGGGUCCUCUGGUCCUGGAGGCACAGGCAUGGGGAAGGGGGCUCUGAGUGGGCUGUGGGUGUCACUGAGAGCACCCAAACAGCUCAGGUAACUCAGCUUGAGUGGUGACAUCCUGGCUGGGAUGGGGCAGGGGGACAUGGGUGUGGGGGGACAUGGUGUGCACCCCUCUCACCCCAUGAAGCGUCAGCUGUGCAUCUGGCUUCACCCAGCUCCACUCCUUCAGCACCCAGAGCUGGGGGUACCCCUGGGUGCUGCCAGGGCAGCUGGGGAGACCCCAGGGAGGGGUGCAGGGAGUGACACCCCAGUCAUGUCUGGAAAAUCCCUGCUUCCCAUGUUGUGAGCCCCUCAGAUUCUGUCCAUGGCACAGCCUCAGGAGAAGCUGAGCUGAGGCUUGCAGUAAGGGACCUGGGGGGCAUG